AAUCUAUAAAAUUAAUUAUAUAUACAUAGAGUUUUUUUUUUUUCCUCAACAAAGCAAAGCUGAAAAUGCAGAAGCGCAGCUUCAGUCUCGUACAGACCGUUGCUACAGCGGGUAUCUUCUCCGCCGUCUCCUUUUGGUAUGGGUUCAUGUUUGGCAGAGAAUCAGCGCGCAAGGAGCUCGGUGAUCUGAUUGAAAGCCUCCGCGGCACUGGCUCCGGUCCUUCUCCGCCGUCGCCGGAAAACUCCAUUGAAAACUCCUAGAAUGGUUACCAAUUGCAACUCAAUCUUCCAGAAUAGUACUAAUUUUCUACCAAUAACAAUGUUUGUAUUUAGUACUAGUACUUAUCAUUUUCAUGUGUAUCUCAUGAAUUAAAUGGUUUCGCCUCUCUGAGAAUUAGAAUUCGAUCCUGGAAGUGACUUUUAGAUUGAUUUAACCAACAUUUUACACAAGGGUUUGGUUUCUCAA